AUGGCAACAGUGAAAAUCCUAGACGGAGGCCUUGGGACCUCCCUGCAAGACCAGUACGGUGUGGAGUUCGACAGCACCACCACACCCCUCUGGUCCUCGCACAUGCUAGUCUCAGACCCAACCACGCUUGAAGCCUGUCAAAAGGACUUCUGCGUCGCAGGCGCCGACGUCCUGCUCACAGCAACUUACCAAGUCUCGCCAGAAGGCUUCCAGCGCACAAAGACAGCCGAGUUCCCCAAUGGAAUCCCCAGCACAGCCAUAGGCCGGUACCUGCAAACGGCCGUGGAUGUCGCCGAGCGCGCGAAUGUGUGUGAUGGCGCGCAGGUCGCGCUUAGCCUGGGUCCGUACGGCGCUUGUAUGAUUCCCGGACAGGAGUACAGCGGGGCGUACGACGCGGCGCAUGAUGGGGAGGAGGAGCUGUACCAGUGGCAUUUGGAGCGAUUGCGGCUUGUGCUUGGUGCGGAGGGGAAUCUGAUUCAGCGGCUGCAGUAUGUGGCCUUUGAGACGCUGCCGAGGCUUGAUGAGGUGCGGGCUGUUCGGAGGGCUAUUCGCGAUGCGGGGAUUACGGAGGUGCCGUAUUGGAUUGCGUGUGUUUUCCCUGGGGAUGAUGGGUUGUUGCCUGAUGGGAGUUCCAUUGAGCAGGUGGUGGAUGCUGCUGUUGGGCCCAUGGAGGGUGGUGGGCUUGCGCCUUGGGGAAUUGGUAUCAACUGUACAAAGAUCCAUAAGCUUCCUGGUCUGGUUGACAGAUUUGGGGCUUGCAUUGCUGAGGUGGUUGCUGGUGGGAAGAUCUUAUCUGUUCCCAGCUUGGUGUUGUAUCCCGAUGGUACCAAUGGUGAGGUCUACAAUACGACGACACAGGUUUGGGAGAAACCGGAGGAUCCUAGUUAUGGUGGCCUGAGAGAUACUCGUCUAUGGGAAACGCAAAUGGCGCAGGUGGUCAACGAUGCCUACGAAAAGGGACCUUUCAAAUCAUUCCUCGUGGGUGGUUGUUGCAAAGCUUCUCACCACGAUAUCAAGAAACUCCGAGACCAAUUUUGA